UAUUUUCAUUUGUAUGCCUCUGUGAUGGUGACUAUUUUCAGGUUGUCCGUCCCUCUGUCCCACUGUCCCACUGUCAUCAAUGUGAUAUUUCAAGAACACCUUAAGGGAGAUUUCUUUAAAGUUGGCACCUAUGUCCACUCACACUCAAUGAUGAACUGAUGAGAAUUUGGUGGUCAAAAACCAAAAUUCAAGGUAACUGUGACCCUGUCUGUCCGUAUUUGAAGUAUUGUGCUACAUAUGAGUCUUGAUUAAUGUAAACUGCGGCUUGACUGGUAGGCGGAGGAAUACAACGGCAAGGUACAAAUUCUAGUUCCUCUCUCAACUCAAAGAAAGCACGUUACAUACCUGUCAAAGAGGAAGAGGACUGACUCAGUUUCAGCCCAGUAUCAGCCACAAGCACAAAAUAUGACAUCAAAAACAACAUUUUCAGAAGAAAAAUCCUCUCCUGCUUCAGUUUAACUAGCUAACUUACUGUCUAACAUAACCAGGGAAAAUGUAAACAUAGGCUCUUUUGGUGUAUGUGCCUUAAAUUGUUUUGUUUGUGUCAGCAGAGAUUCAGACUCGGCGACAGGUGUAAAGAAUAUCACUAUAGUAACAGCCUCCUCUUGACGAUGGUUCGUUUCCUUGCGAGAUGUUGUUUCGUAACCAGUUAAAAACUUCUUGUAGCUGCUUUACCGUGUUAACAUGAUAGUUUCUACCUACGUAAUUCCAGCACUGGAUCCUGUAGGGGGAAUUUGUCAUGAACAAUAAUACCUUGUGACUUGUGCUUAUGUCACAUGCAUGGAAGCCUUAUCGAUGUAAAAAGUCCACAAUGCUUCAGACUUAAGCUUUUCCUCUGACAGACUUUUCUGAAAAUUAGAUAAUCCCAGGAUGUGAAGACAUCUGAAUUCUUGAAAAAUUUAAAGCAGUCCACAUAAAAAUUCUUAUUGAACAACAUUCAUACGGAUUAAUUAUUUAUUUCAGUAACCACACACAGUGAAAUAUUCCUUAAAUCAAUACAGCCAUGGCAGAUUGGAUAGAGACCGUGUAAUCAGACCCACUGUUGAAGAGAUGUGUUGUCCCCGGGGCAAAACACAAUGCUAAGGACAAGAGACGGAGCGGCUCACAUGAUUACGUUGUGACCGUCUUCUGAGGCUGUGGGUGUGUGAAUAUAUGUGUGUUUUUGGAAUCGAUGAGAGAGAGAGAGCAUUUCACUGCUCUCAUUGUCCUCCAUGUACGGCUGAUGAGAAGCACCAGUCCUUGGACUGCCAUCUGCCUGCGCGCCUCUACCCAGACAGGCUGUGGCUAAUGAUCUGGAGGACAAACCUCCUGCUGGAUGUGGAGCUGCGGCCCUGAAAAUGGGAAGCUGAAAAUUAGGUAGAGUUUUGGGAUCAGUGACUUCUAUGACUUUUUUGACUCCUUGUUCUUUUUGAUCGUUUUUACUAAGAGAAACCAGUUUAAUAAGAGUCAUCCAAGUGGACCGUUUGUUGUGACAGCUGCCUUAUCUUACCUUGCUAAAUUUCUUUUGAAACAUAGGCUUUGAGUAAGGUCCCCUCUCUUCAGAGCAUCCUUCAACCAGUGGCAUUGUGGACUUAAAGUAAACCAGACUCACCGCUGGAAUCUACUUCACUGUUGCUUCAAGAACCAAAGCACAUCUUACAUCUGGAUUAUCAACCACUGUGAACACAAACUGCCCUACUGACUCUAGAUGGGUGCAGCCUUCAUGAAGUUGUGCUGCUGCUGCUGCAUUGCGGACGAUGACGACGACGAUGAAAAGCAGCCUUUAGUACCUCAGGAUCCAUUGGACUAUUUUAACCGUGAAGUCCAGAAGCGUCGUGAUGAGGAGACCAACCUGUGGAGUGAGCCAGGGGACCCCAGCCACUCGGAGAGAGAUGACGACCGGGUCCUUUACAGCCUGCUGCAGGCCAGGAACAAGACCCGCAUGGGAUCCACGGGCUAUCGCCGACUAAGUGUUGACAUUGAAGCCAUGAGAGACACCCGUCGAGAAGUCCGAGACAAAUGGAAGACAAUCCUGGAGAACUUAGGUUUCAUGGCGGAGGCAGACUCUUUGCUGACGGUGUCAGCUGGAACCUCACAUGACCGCAUGCGUAACGCCCCAGCAGCACGUGCCCUGCUUCAUACACUCCACACUGAGACUUCCAUCUUCAGCAGCAGAGAACCACCACCAGAGCGAUAUCUACUAAUCCUGGAUCGUCUCCUGUAUCUAGAUAUAGCUGAAGAUUUUUUGGCAAAGGCAAAGCGCUUCUAUCCUCCAAAGGAUGACUCUGACGAGGAGAUGCCGGGGCUCGCCAUUAAUCUGCCGCUGCUGCUGGCGAGGGUAGAGGCCAUGAAUGGAAGAGGCAAUGACGAUGAUGAAGAGGAAAGCGGUAGAGAGGAUGGAAACUUGAGUGACAGAUCUUAAGAUCUCCGACUGCAAUAAUAACAGACACAAGGCAGGGGGCAGUAGUCAUCAACCCUGGAGACCUGGUUGACAGAAAUGUAUAGCUCUCACCUUCAAGUGUCUGUUUCUAGAAAGUUUUAGUCCGAUCAGUUUCUUUAUUCUCCCCCAGCUGCACCGCCUGAGUCUCAUUCUGUUAUCUCUGGUCAAAGGGCUAUGCACAUUUUCUACUAUGGUGUCAAAAGUCUUUUCUUUUUCUGUCUGCCACAUAGUUUUGUCAAAUUCUCAGUCUGUUUAUUGUUCUGCUGUUGUGAACCUUCAGGGUAGCAGUGUUCCUGAGCAGAGCCUCUUUAUAUUUUGUCCUAUGAUCAUCAGCAGGCAUUUUCAUUCAAUCACAUGAUUGGUAACAACACUGAAUAAAUAGUAGUAAUCUGAUGCCAGAUGGUUUUUCCACAAGAGUGCAUGUUUGUAUGAUUGACACUUUUGAGUUGUUAAAGUUUGCAUUUGGCUUCAAACACAAAACAAGAAAAUAGCUGAUGGAAAUAUAAUGUAGUUGUAUGUUGAUCUCUUUAAAUUGGUUGUGUAUGUGACUGAUGGGACUUUUAGGUGAAGUACGAGGGGGAUUUUUUUCCCCUCCAGCCAUUUACUGAAAAUGUGAAAGCUCAUGUGGAAGUUUGCGUGUGUGUUUUCUGGUAUGCAGUUUGUGAUAAAAUAAAGUUGCAGGCUAAUGUGUCACAUGAUGGGAUGAUACAUUCCCCGGGGCUGCCUUAUGUGAAGUAAUAUGAGCUCAAAAUGACAAAGAAGAAAUAAAGAAUUUGCAUGACUAUGAGCAAUCAGAAACAGGGUUUCCUGUACGGGAAUCAAGUGAGCAGUGAUUUCACAGAAACUGUGACACGAGAGCAACAUUCCUUUUAAGUGAAAACAAGGGUCUUCUUCAGUCUGUCCUUUUGCCCUCACGUGGCCCUGUCGGCUGUGUACCCAUAUCUGUCUGACACUGAGCCACAGACAUGCUGCAUAUCCUGGCCUGGUGCUGCCUGUACUGAGUCUGAACAUCUCGCUGGGGACAAUCCGGGUUGAGAGAUGGAUGGUGAGGAUGGUGUUCUUGGUGGUCAGCUGCUUGUUGUUGUUGUUGCUGUUGUUAUGUAAGAGAGACACUCUGCUGAGGGGCACAUGUUUGUACACGGCACCAGCCUGCUGGCACACUGGCAAACACACACACUCACUGAAAUAGCUGAUAACACUCAACUGUGUGGUGCCGUUAUGCAGCACCAGUUGAAA